CACACACUCACACAAUCACAUAACUGGCCCUGCCAGAUGAAGGCGGUGUCAAAUUCGAGAGACCAAUGCGAGCUACGAUAAUCGUGUUUUUCUUUAUACGUCACAGGACUCGACACUCUUUGAUGCAGGCGAUAUUAUGAAUACUGUGCUGUGUGGUACUGUGUGCUGUGUUGUAUUGUGUCGUGCGGGUUGUCUUUGCUGAAGUUCGCCCUUCGGUUCGGCACUUUCAGGGUAAGGAUGAUUUCGCACAUUGGACCGUGUAGGAAGAACUUUCUGGAAUAAAAGUGAUUCUGCUGUGACGGGUGACGAAAAACCACUUGUCCUCCUCCCUCCUCCACUGGCGAUCUUUGCUGACUCAUGACAGAACAAAGGAAAUGGAAACGUGACUGUUGUCGUCUGACUCACUGCCGCCGGCAACCAUGUUGGAUCAUGGUUAACCUUCGAUUGGGAAGCGAUAUCGCACAGCCUCCUGCGUUCUCUCACAUCUAGAAUUAUCUUUGCAAAAGGGAUGUGAAAAGCCAAAGGCCUUAAUAUAAUUGAGCUCUAGAUAUUUAUUGCUAGGCAUAUCGUUAGGAGUGUUAUCUUCUGCCACUUUGCGGUGGUCCUCUGAAAGUCGCUCUACCAGCCUCCGGUGCACUCAUCUGAUCACAACGUUGUUGUGAUUCGGUCGCAUUGAGAGAAAACAGAUAAAAAAGACCUCAGCUCAUUCGGAUCUGCGCCCCCAUUCCUACAAAAAUGGGCGUCCUUGUCGCAAGAUUCCUCCGUGUGCGUCAAGUGACCGACUCCCAAUGGAAUAAAACGCUAUUUUUCUGAAGUAUCACCAGACCCUUCAGGAGAUGCAGAGAUGACCGUCAUCUUUCACUGAAAACAACAACAACAACAACAACAAAAUCCCCGACAAGUUCAGGGGUCGAGCACCCAGGAUGUAUUGCCCCAGGAAGAAGCGUCCGACGCGUGACGAGGACUUCUCGGCCAUGGUGGUGCCCUCGGUGCGCGGGCUUGGUUACCUUGACUACAACAUAGAGAGCCACGCCUCCCGCUCGCUGAGCGCCAUGGACGAGUUCCGGCGCCACGACCUGCUCUGCGACCUGGUGCUCCGCGUCACGCAGAAGGACCGCACCGUGGACUUCAAGGUGCACAAGCUGGUGCUGGCCUCCGCUAGCCCGUACUUCAGAGCCAUGUUCAGCAGCAGCUUCAAGGAGGGCCGCGCAUCCGAGGUCACGCUGCGCGACGCCUGCCCCCUGGUGGUGGGGAAGCUCAUCGACUUUGCCUACACCGCCCGCAUCACCGUGGGGGAGAACUGCGUGCUGCAUGUUCUGCUGGGUGCGAUGAGGUACCAGAUGGAGGACGUGGCGAAGGCGUGCUGCGACUUCCUGGUGAAGCACCUGGAGCCGGCCAACGUCAUCGGCAUCGCACGCUUCGCUGAGGGCCUCGGCUGCACUGAGCUGCAGCGCCACAGCCGGGAGUACAUCAACACACACUUCAACGAGGUCACCAAAGUGGAGGAGUUCUUCAGCCUGACCCACUGCCAGCUUCUGGAGCUCAUCAGUCAGGACAGCAUCAAGGUGCUCUGUGAGUCUGAGGUGUACCAGGCCUGUACCAACUGGGUUCGCUGGGACAUCGCCGGCCGAGCCCAGUACCUCCACGCCCUCCUCAACGCCGUCCGCAUCUACGCCCUGCCGCCCAAGUUCCUGAAGAACCAGCUGCAGUCCUGCCCCAUCCUCAGCAAGGACAACUGCUGCAAGGACUUCCUGUCCAAGAUCUUCCAGGAAAUGGCGUUGAAGAAGCCCCUCCCCCCGGCUCCUCUCCGCGGCAACCAGCUGAUUUACGUGGCCGGGGGGUACCACCACCGCUCUCUGCCCACCAUGGAGGCCUUCGACCCGGGGAGGAACGUGUGGCUGAAGCUGGCCAACAUGGAGGCGCCCUGCAGCGGCCUGGGGGCCUGCGUGGUGUUCGGCCUGUUCUACACCGUGGGUGGCCGGAACCUGUCCGUCCAGGCGAACACCGAGUCCGGGGCGCUGUGCUGCUACAACCCCAUGACCAACCGCUGGACCUCACUGGCCUCCCUCAACGCCCCGCGCAACCGCGUGGGCGUGGGCGUGGUCGACGGCGCCAUCUAUGCCGUGGGCGGCUCCCAGGGCUCCGCCCACCACGCCACCGUUGAGCGGUGGGAUCCAGACACCAACAGGUGGUCCCUGGUCUGCCCCAUGGCGGUGGCCCGUCUGGGGGCGGGUGUGGCCUCCUGCGGGGGGGCUCUGUACGUGGUGGGGGGCUACGACGGGCUGGUCCGCUGGGACUCGGCCGAGCGCUACCAGCCCGACACCAACACCUGGCACCCACUGGCCCCCAUGGGGACCGUGCGCAGCGGACUGGGUCUGGUGUGUCUGGACGCGUGCCUGUACGCGACGGGCGGGUUCGACGGGCGCAGCCAGCUGUGCUCCGUGGAACGCUACAGCAUCGCCCGCGACUGCUGGGAGCCACAGGAGCCCAUGAGCCAGUGCAGGAGCGCGCACGCCGUCACCGUCCACCAGGGGCGCAUCUUCGUCCUGGGGGGGUUCAACCAGACUGGUUUCCUGUCCAGUGUGGAGGUCUUCUGCCCGGACACCAACACGUGGACCGGUCUGUCCGACAUGCCCUUCGGACGCAGCGGCAUGGGCAUCGCCGUAACCAUGGAGCCCUGCCCCGGCAACCUGCCCGAGGAGGAGGAGGAGGAAGAGGAGGAGGAGGAUCAGGGAGGAGGAGGACGAGGAGGGGAAGAAGCGAGCAAGAGUUGAUUCUAAGACUACUGAACACGACGCCACAAUCGGCCGAUCUGUUCCAGAGUGCGAUAGAUACCUCUGAUCACAAACAUUUAAAUACCGAACCCUUUGUGAGCAACAGACCCACUGCCAUCCUGUGUGUGUGUGUGUGUGUGUGUGUGUGUGUGUGUGUGUGUGUGUGUGUGUGUGUGUGUGUGUGUGUGUGUGUGUUUCAGUAAGCAGAACAACAGUACAAACCUCAUCAAGUCACCGGGUGCUAGCGGGCUAGCUAAUCUACGCUAGCUGAAGCUCAGUGGUGGAGCGUGCGCUGAACACGCGCUUUAUGGGGAUGUGUUGAUCAUGUCUUAGACCACCCUCUCCCCUCCCAGUCUGUCCCAGUCCGUCUUACAGGACUCAAUGUGAGCGCAGGACCAACAAUGUAUUACUGACCCAGUAACUCUAAUCUCCACUCUUAUCUGUUUCCUUUAUAUCCGGAAAUUUCUUCCAUUUUUGCUCCUUUACAUUUUGAGCUCUCUCUCUUUCUCUCUUAACAUACUUCUUCAACGCUAUUUAUUUUUCUUUCCCUUUCUCUCUCACUCUCUCAAUCUAAUUCCCUCUUUCAAACUUCCCUUCAUCUUCCCCAGGUCAGUGCCAUGGGUUCAUGGGGAUAUUGGAACUCCUUAUUUGCAUUGUUGUAUUUGCACUGCACAAUGUACUACUGUUAGUAGUACGUAGUAAUUAUUUACGGGAUUAAAUAUACAAAUUAUAAAUGUU